UUCGUGCGGCUGCUCCCGCUCGCGCCCCCAACACCCACCACCUCCAGUCAUUCUCAGCUUUCAGCUGCCGCUCUCAAGACUUACGUAUUAACUAAUAAGUGACCUUUCAUGAGUGCCCUCGCUGCUCUUCCUCGCACACACCAUUUGCGGGGGCUCGCCCAAGUCCAUGAGCUCACAGUCCCUCAAUACCUGCCUGGGUCAUCUCCAGCAACAGAUCAUGGUUCCGACACCCCGCCGCAGAGGCAGAGGGCGCGGCAAUGGUCCUCCUACUCCGGGCUCUGCGACAAAAGUACGGCUUGACGGUCAUUUCCUCGACGGCGAGUGGUACUGUAACUGCGAUCCCCGUGAGCAAGCAAAGCACCUCCAAGUCAAGAAGCCCGACUCGGAGAACAAGGAUCGCUGGUUCUACCGUUGUCCCAAGGAAAAGUGUCGGUUCUGGCUGUGGGACGACGAUGCGAAGCGCCGCGAGAAUGGGGCGCCCAGCAAGACCAUCCUGACGAGCGAGGUAGAGAGGGAAAAGGCAGAGGAUGUCCAGAUCAAGGCGCCCAGCAUGACACAACGGCGCUUGACAAACUAUGGUAUCAAGGUCACCCCAGGACAGAGGAGAGCCAGCGAUGCGACCACGACGGCCAGUGAGAGCGGCGGCGAGUCACCCACCAGAGACAUGGGCAAGGGCAAGGGCAAGAGGAAGCGGACCGAGGAUGAGGAUGAGGACCUCCUUAGCCUCAUGGACUCGGAUGAUGAGAAGGCCAUGGCCGCGCUGGCGGAUCAGCCGCCGCAAGGGACAACGCCCCAGACACCGGCUGCCACGACGAGAAUGGCGCACGGGCUGCCGACGCCGGGUACCGCGAGGACGCUGUUUCCUGUCUCCAAGAAGAAACGGACCGUCUCUUUCGAGGAGGAAGACACAUUCACCACGCCGACCAAGAGCACAACGCAAAGCUCUAGUGCCACCGUGGCCGGCAACCCGUCAGCGCACCCCGAGACGCCGGACCAGGAGCAUGACCCUACCGCUCAAGUCAUGAGCCUCCUGCGCCAGGUCAAGGACAUUAAGCCAGAGAUCCUCGCCUCCGUCAAGGCCAUUAUCGACGCCGCAGAGAGACGGGCGCAGGGCGUGGCCAAGGGACGGGACGUGCUGCGGUCGCAGCUCCACGAGAGGGACAGCAAGAUCGCUAGGAUGCAGGAGACGAUUGCGGCGCUCGAGAACAAGGACCGGCUGCAGCACGCGCAGAUUGAGAAGAUGAAGAAGGAGAAGACGGAGAUGAAGGCUGAUCUGAUGAGGUUCUAUCAGAAGCACUGAAUCGGUUUGGUGUUCACUUGGGGUUUGAGUUUGGAUUUAGCGAAUGAUUCAUAUCGUAUGUAGCGCAGCGUAGCCGUCGUUUCUUAUACCACUGCCGACCUGUCUUGAGGCGUUGAUCAUGUCGAGCAAUGCAUGGAUUCAAACGUGCCGCCGUCACAGGAGAUGAC